GACACCGAGGCACUGCCACGGCGCAGUGCCAGAAUCGCAGUUCGUGCCCGCCCUGCGGUACCUCCAAGACCCAAGAGAUUCAGCAGACGCACGACUCCAGCAGCAUCAAGUACGGCAUUGACAAUACAAGACACCACCRGAGAUCUUCCCGCAUGCCCGGUCCGAGAGGCCAGCGAGCCUUUGGCUGACUAUCSUGGGCGGCUACAGGCAUUUACAGACGUCGUAGCCGCCGCCGAGGCUCAKSAGGSUGCGGCAGAGGCAGAACGUCARYGRCUGGCCAAUGAGGCGGCAGCCGAAGCUCAGCGGACAGCUGAGAUUGACGAAGUGGCACGAAACAGACAGAAUGCCGCCAGCACGGAGUCCCUGAUUGCUAGUGAGCAUCAGUGGACAACGGUACUCCAAGGCAUGAUCUUUGUGCCUACGGAAACGCAGGCGGAGCCGACAAAGGCGGAGGCAGAGAGAAGUAACCUGGCUACUGUGAUGUUGAACGUAAUGAGGGGAGUAAUGUGGAACAACAAACUACUGCAGGCACACCUGCACGCAGAACGACAGCAAAAACAGCAGUACCAGCAAAACCUGGCCGCUGUAACGGCCGACGUCCGCGACGCAGCAAUGCAGCAGCAGCAACAGCAACUGCUGAUGAACUCUACCAUCGCACGCAUCAACGGCAUUGCGGCCAAGGCCUCAGCAGCCCACGUGCAUGUAGAUUGCGUAUGCGCAGCUUGUACACCGUCGGCAAGUGAUCCGGUCAGUUCGCCACUGUUUUCCGAGGACUCGACGGCGUGGUCAAGACUUGAGGAGCUUGACCCGCUGACGAGAGAGGAUUUCGCUUGGAUACCUCUACCCUCCACCGGAACAUUGCCAAGGCCGCAUUGCAACGCCUUCAUGGCAAAUCUACACUUCUACCUGCACACUACAGUACCAGCUCCGUUGACGGACGACGGAGUAGCGGUUGCCGAUCUCCGCUCCUAUCUUGCGAAGAUCGACCGCGAGCACGCCACCCAAAGGUACGCCGAAACCGACGCACCUUUGCUCUAUAUCCACAUUCAAAUCGAAAAGGCAACCUGUAGUGCCUUGAUUCAUUCCGGAGCGUCUCGCAACUUUAUGAGUCAAGCCUUUAUGGCCCGCGCAGGUCCUGGCCCGCGCGUUCGAAGGAAGACGCAACCUACGCAAGUUACACUCGCGGACGGCCGCACGCAAAAGUCAAUUGACCGAUGCGUUGACGGCGUUCCGGUCUACUUUGCGCCACUUGCGUGCGAGCCAGUGUCUUUUGACAUCCUCGAUACCAAGUUCGACAUGAUUCUAGGCAUGUCUUGGUUGCGUAGCGCCGAUCAUCCGGUGAACUUCCAUGACCGAACCGUUCACAYCYGUGAUYVGAACGGAGUGUUAGUCCCAUGUACGGUCGCGACCCCUCACACUUCGAUUGCUUGUCACGUGGUUUCCGUUGCGCGGAUUCGCAACGCCAUUGCUCGGAAUGACGUCGAGGAGAUGGGCCUUGUAUUCCUACAUGCUCUCCCCUCGUCGGACGGACCAGCCGCGUCACCGCCAGACCCACGCAUUUCUCACCUCUUGGAUGAGUAUAGAGACGUCUUCGAGGCUCCCACCGGAACGGUUCCGGAUCGGUCCAUACGUCACGGAAUCACUCUCGAGGCUGGCGCCGUCCCUCCUCGUGGAUGUAUCUACCGCAUGAGCGAAGAGGAACUCGAAGUGCUUCGCGCACAACUCGAUGACCUUCUCGACAAGGGCUGGAUUCGCCCUAGUUGCUCGCCAUACGGUGCACCUGUUCUCUUCGUCCGGAGGAAGAACAAAGAUCUACGGUUAUGCAUCGACUAUCAAAAACUUAACGCACAAACCGUAAAGAACGCCGGCCCUCUCCCUCGGAUUGAUGAUCUCCUUGAGCGGUUAGGCGGCGCGAUGUACUUCCCGAAGUUGGAUUUGAAGUAAGGUUACCACCAGAUUGAAAUCCAGCCUCAAGACCGGUACAAAACUGCGUUCAAGACGCGGUACGGGCAUUUUGAGUGGGUUGUCAUGCCAUUUGGACUCACCAAUGCCCCCGCAACGUUUCAAGCAGCGAUGACGACUGAGUUUCGCGACUUGCUCGAUCGCAGCGUCGUCAUCUACCUUGAUGAUAUCUUGGUUUAUAGUAGGACGUUGGACGAGCACAUCGUACACCUUUGCGUUGUUUUCAAUCGUUUGCGACUAGCCAAGUACAAAGCGAAUCUCGACAAGUGCAAAUUCGCCAGGCAAGAGCUUGAGUACUUGGGCCAUUUUGUCACGCCAAAAGGCAUUCGUCCCUUAGCGGACAAGAUCC